AUGGAGGUGCCACCGUCUGUGGAGAUCACCGACGGGCAGCGCCUUGAGACUGAGCAGCUGCAGGACGAGAGCAGUAUGGAUGGAGUACAGCAGACAGGGGAGCAGCAGAUUGGGGAGCAGCAGACAGGGGAGGAGCGGAUUGAAGAGCAGCAGAUGGUGGACCAGCAGCUAGGGGAGCAGCAGACAGGGGAGCCGCAGACAGGGGAGCAGGAGAUGUGGGGAAUUAGAGAUGGUGGUCGUGUGUUGGUUUCUGGGACGACCACUGCACCAGUGCGUCGCUCCACUCGCAUCACUCGUGGUAACUUCUUCGAGAAGACGUGGCGCACGGACCCUCAGAUGAACCAGUGCGUGCACAGCGCCUUCAACUGCCGCACCAUCUGGUGCAUUCGCUCCAAAGUGCUCUCUCUUCUCCUCAGCAAGGGUCCCAAGCCAGGGGUGGAAGAGGUGGUGGAUAGAGAUCUCAGGGUGGUGCCGCCGCUGGUGCUACCAGAGAUAGGGUCGAGGACAGAGAGGGAGGUGCAAGAAGGGACGGUGGAGCCGCAGAUGGUUAGGAAAGGGGAGGGACUGCGGGUGCAGUUUGACGUUUCAAUUCACAUCCGUGGGCUGUCAAUUAAUGUGGAGGGAGAUUACUGCAGGAACAGGGAAGACAUGAGUUGCCGGGAGAGGGCGCAGCAAGAGGAGAUGCUGCGUGUGCAGGAGCUCAUGAAGCCCACCCAGUGGCGCUGCAUCGCCCGACUGAUGCAGUUCCUGCGCAUCAAGAAGGCCGCUGCGGGGGGUUUCACUAGUGCAACAGACACUGCUCGUUUGCCUGCCAAUGCUACAGCCGUUGCUGCUGGUCGCACUGCCAAUGCUACAGCCGCUCGCACUGCCAAUGCUACAGCCGCUGCUGCUGGUCGCACUGCCAAUGCUAGUGACGGUAAUCUUGGAGCAUCUGCUGUCGUGGCCUCUCACUCUACCGUCAACACUGCCACAAAGACACUAAAAGCUGGAGAAAAGAAGGAGGCUUCAGCAGCGGAGGAGGCUGCAGGAUGA